AUGGAGUCCAAACUUCACCCUGCCCUUACCGUUUCUAACAUCAAAACACACGUUCCCAUUAUCCUGGAAAAAGACUCAACACAUUAUACCACUUGGAAAACCCUCUUCAAGGUGCAUUGUCAAAUCUACGAAGUGCUCGACCAUUUAUCUCCCAAACAACCUGCUACUAAACCCGCCGCUGAAUCUUCUGAUGCAACGGCUGUCGCCAAAGCCGAGGCUGUCGCUCGUGCGGUUGACACUCUAUGGACCCAACUUGACGCUGUGGUUCUCCAGUGGAUAUACGCCACCAUCUCUGCGCCUCUUCUACACAUCAUCUUGCAAACAGGUCAGACAGCUCAUGAUGCUUGGAUUGCCGUUGAGAGUGAAUUUACUGACAACAAAAAUACUCGAGCCAUCUUCCUCGGCCAAGAGUUUGCCAAUCUAUCUCUCGAGAACUUCUCCAACAUGGCCGAUUAUUGUCAACAUGCGAAGCACCUUACCGAACAACUUAAGAGUGUCGGUUCUCCGGUUGAUGACCGGAUGUUGGUCAUCAAGAUUCUCACUGGUCUUACUGAAUAG